AUGGCAGACAGAUUGAGAGCAACUAAUCAACUGGUAGAGGGUUUGGUGAACUCACCCAACUUGAAAGUAUUGACAAUGAUAAAUGCUCACAUCAAUCUGGAACACAUGGACCUGAUUAUUAAACAAUGCGGUCGACUGAAAUCAUUGACACUGACAUCCACACACUUGGACAAAUACCGAUCCGUCAGACACCAAGACGAAGAAGAGAAGCCAUUUAUCAUUGACUAUUACGGCAAACCCAAUGCAACCGUGCCGACUGGCAGUUUGAAAACUCUAAAGAUUACGGGGUCAACAUUCGAGAGAGGUUUGCCCAUCUUUUGUUACAUCGCUGAAAACUAUACAGAUCUUCAGGAACUCGUCUGUCAGGCGAAAGUUGUUGAUGGCAAUCCCACUUUCACGGUAGAUGAAAGCAGUGCGAGAGGGCUCUUCCACCAUUGCAGCAAGCUCGAGAAAUUUGAAAGCAAUCUAUUUUCAUGGAUAGGUCAAUUCAUCGAUUUGAUAGAUCAGCACACCACCACCACUAAAGAAGAAUUCGACAUUGACAUUUCCGACAUAGCAGUGAGUACAUUCAUAGCACUAUGCAGAAGCAAAAGACUUCGCGAGGUAUUGAAAAAGCUAACAUACAACUUUAAUGAAGUACCUCAAGCACUCGAAUCCAACCUUUUGAUAUUCUCUAGUUUGGUUGUAUUAUAUUUGAACUAUGAUUGCUCCCUAGACGAUGAAGGCGAUAACUUCAAUUUAGAUGAAGAAAUGUCUGUGCCGCCGCCCAUACCGGUCGUUUCGCUUCUGGAAGCAUGUAGAUCAUUGACAUCUCUCUCUGUGGGUCACCUCCCUAUCCUCAUUGACAGAAUGCCAACUAUAAAUCACAACAUCCAGGUGAUACAAUUGACAAUAUGCUCACUGGAAAGCUUCGAAAGACGCUAUGGCUUUUAUAAUUAUGUAUCUGAUCAUUGCUUCGAAUUAGAGGCAUUGGAAUUAGAUGAAGGCAAUUAUCGACAUUCACCGAGCAUCAGGGAGCUGACCCCAAGUCUUUAUAGUCAUACAAAGCUUCACAGUCUGGUACCUUUGCACAAUCGAGUUUAUCACUAUGUCAAGCAUUUAGAUCAAGCAGGAACUAAUGACUGGUAUCUUGUUCGUCGCAAUAGAUCUACGAAUGAAAUCCACCACACCCUGCUUGUAGAGCCAUCCUAUGCCAUGGUUAAGUCUACCAAAUAUGUCACAAUCAAGUGCCAUAAUGCCAGUAUAUUCUACAGAGACAAAAUUGUCGUUUAG